ACUGUAGGAACCAGGGCAUGCGGUGAGAACAGCUGCCUGGAGAUAAUGAUUCAGAAACAAUCAGUUCCACUUCCCCUUUUAUCGAAUAGUCACCCGUGUCGCUUGAAAGGCGCAGGCAGUCCUCUAUGCCCACAUACCCCUCGGUCCUAUGAGACAGCGCUGUUGGCUUGACUCAGCACCUUGUAACAUGCUCGUCGCUACCAACAGAACCGGAUAUUAAACGGCCAGAGGUAAAUCUAUGGCAUCUAGAAUCCCAUCACCCAAAAUGCAAAAAUGGCGUGUGCUUGCUGAUCUCUUGUCUAUUGUCCGUUGUCUGCACGGGUCUACCGCAGUAGGGUCCCCAAGAUAGAGGGGCUGGGCUGACCACCCACAACCCCAUCGGGGUCAACAAGGUGGGGCAAUCAUGGCCGACCUGGGCCGCUGUUGAAGAAGGCCGCACGCCGAAGGACCCCUGUCGGUUCGCGCUCGCUCGGACCAGCUUCCGUCCAACAUCUUCCAUUGACGGCUGACAAAUUGAUGGAGCUCACCAGACCAAGGGCCCCCUCGACCUGUAGUCUUGCUCCCAGUUUCGCCCAUCGGUCUGACUCUUCGUCCUUUUUCUCGUUUCUCCCAUCCGUAGAAAGUCCUUACGUACUCGUACAUACCAUACCAUACAUACCGAGAUACUGCUGCCAGGUGUCUAUCCAAUUCCAGUCCAGGCAUCCAGAAGAACACGGCGAGGCAAGCAUUCGAGUUCCGCCGACUCCGAAUUCCCGACCCGUUUUCCACUGCCCUGCUGCUGCGGGCCCUGCGUCGCACUCGAGUGGCCUGCGCCUAAACCUCUUCCCCCAGUCCCGGGAGGCGAACUGUAUGGUCUCUCCUCGUCGUGGCCCGACCUGUCCCAGACACCCCAUCUCCAUCUUUACGCCGUCUGUCACCAAGGGUUCAGUGAUUCAUCAAUCUGAACCAGCCUUUAGACUAGUGGAGAGACACUCUGCGCUGUCCCUGCGCUCGUCUUUGUCUUCAACGUCAGAUACCCCGCUGUCCGCCGUUGGGUGUGGGCGGAGAUAAGCAGCCCAAUCAUCACUGCUCCCGCCACCUACGUCUCCGACAGCAAUCGCAUUUGGCAUUUGGGCCUGUUUAAUCUGAACUUCUCGAGGGAAAGGCCCAAGCCUUAAUUUUCUUCAAUUAGUUGUCCAAAACGUCACGCGAGUCAAGCAGACACAAUGACGUCGACACGCAAUCCCGUUCAGGACCUCAUCCUCACGCCGCAACAGCAGAACCUGCUGUAUGCCGCCCUCAAUUCCAACCGCAAAGGAAACACUCCGGUGAAUUCGGCCAUGACAAUGUCUCCUCUCCAGUUCAAUGGGUCUCCGCUUCAGGAAAACUUCGGUAGCUUCCAAGGCAGCCCCGACUUCGAUUACGACUACGAUUUCCCUGGGGCCGAUUCAACUCUCGACUUCUCCUUCAACGACGGCAAUCAGCCCAAGAUGAUUCCCGACCUGCCUGGUACUUCAGAUGGCGGCAAGUCCGAAUCUCCCGACGACACAGAGUCUCCCGACAAGCGCAGCCAUCCAGACGAUGAAGAGGAUGAAGCCCGUGGAGCCAAGAGGCGAGAGAGUGAGGAUAGGGUUGCCAAGAAGCCGGGAAGAAAGCCAUUGACGACAGAACCAAGCUCAAAGCGCAAGGCCCAGAACCGCGCUGCCCAACGGGCUUUCAGAGAGCGCAAGGAAAAGCAUCUGAAAGAGUUGGAAACCAAGGUCGAGGAGUUGGAGAAGGCCUCUGAAACCCACAACAAGGAGAAGCAGGCUCUCCGUGCGCAGGUCGACAAGAUGACGGUUGAGUUGAACGAAUAUAAAAAGCGUCUGUCAGCUCUCUCAAACGGUCGCCCAAGUUACCAAGGACCCACGAAGCUAUUCGGCGCUCCUUUCCUUCAAAACAUGAACGAUGUCAACUUUCAAUUCGAGUUUCCCAAGUUCGGCACCCUGCCUGGGCCCAACGUUACGAAUGACACCAAGAAGUCCUCCACAUCGACCGCAGCAUCAAUACCGCCGAAGCGGAACAAUUCAGAUACACGGAGCCCGUUGGACAAGUCGAAUAGCGGCUUCAGCCCUGAUCACUCGAGCACAUACAGCCCCCUCGGCCUGAACUCGCACAAUCUGGACUCGCAGUUUAACUUGAACGGCCCGACAACGACAAGCUCGCCGUCAGCCUCAUCAAAUUCCAACAUGGGUGGGCCGAGCUCGUCGUGCGGGACAUCACCCGAACCGUUUACGCAGUCGCCCAUGGGCUUCAAACCCGUGGACACGCUGGCCACCAUCGGGGAGGAGCAGUCUGGUUUCAACGUGAACGGCUCAUCACAGGACUUUGGUCAUUUCGGUGAUGCAAAUGACUUCAACUGGCUGCCCCAGACAGACUUUCAGUUUGAGCCUCAGUUGUUUGGGGAUUAUCGCGAGCCACAGGAGAACAUCCUGUCUAAUGGCCUCGAUGACAGUUUCUUCAACGACGCCCUUGAUGCUGACUUCAUCACCCCAUACAACCUGCCACUAACCACCGAAGUACCAGCGCCAAAGCCCGACCUCCUCGCCCAAAUCGAUGCCGCCAAAGAAGCCGAUCAAGUUACGCCCAAUGGACAGCUACUGACCUGCACCAGUAUAUGGGAGAAACUGCAAACGUGUCCCAAGGUGCAAAACGGCGACUUUGAUCUGGAUGGCUUGUGCUCGGACCUUCAGAAGAAGGCCAAGUGCUCUGGCGGCGGCGCUGUCGUGGCUAAGGAGGAUUUUGAGCAGGUCAUGAACAAGUAUCUACCUUGCAAGGACAGGGCCGGGCAGGCCGAUCUCGAGGCGGCUGUGAAGGAGGCGACGAGCAGCACCAAGAUUUGACACGGCAUUGUUAGACGUCGAUGUAUACCACAGCUGUACAACACCAGUCACCACCCGGCAGAUAAAAAGCAGGCGGGUGUUGGCCCAGAGAGGCCGGGGCGGUUCGGAACCACAGGUUUAGCGAAUGCACCUAAUCAAGAGGAGGAAAGACGGGAAACUGGGAGGAAGGUUUACAGGGGAAGGAAAGGGAAUAUCUUUGAGGGUUUUAAGGCAAGGAGUUUUUACAAGAUAUACCACACCAGACGGGGCCAUCUGAAUGUGAAAAAAAGGGGCACGUCGUUUAUUUGAUGUUUAUUUCUUUGGCCAGAUAUGGGUGGAAUAGGGAAUGGCGCUUAGUUAGUUUUUUACUAUCUAGGGUUCUUGACUGGGAGCAUCUCAUCUAUUUAUUGUUGAUUUGUUUGGGGGUUU